AUUUUCCUUAUGUUUCCUCCCACGCUUUUACUCAGAAUCAGAAUCAGGAAGUCUUCCUGCCGUCAAUGGUGCUCUUCCUCGUCUUGGCGCCACUCCUCCUCCCCGUCCUGUACUUCAUUGUUCGGCCCCGCCCGGUGAAGAUCCCAAUCAAGGACCGUCACGUGUUCAUCACUGGCGGGUCUAGUGGAAUCGGGUUAGCCUUGGCCCACCAGGCAGCCUCCGAAGGCGCUCGAGUUUCCCUCUUGGCUCGCUCCCUCGACAAGCUCCAGCAGGCUAAGCAAUCCAUUCGGCAUUCCUCCCGGGUUGAGGCCUCCAUCUUCGCCGCCGAUGUCCGCGACUUCGAUGCCGUUCAGCACGCGGUCAACGAUGCAGGCCCCAUUGAUGUUCUCGUCGUUAAUCAAGGUAUCUUUCUUCCUGGGGAGCUGGAGAGGCAGGGACUGGAUGAGAUCAGGUUUAUGAUAGACGUUAAUCUCAUGGGGAGCUUUAACGUUAUCAAAGCAGCUUUGCCAUUGAUGAAGAACAGGAACCACCGGAGGCCAGCCUCAAUCGCAGGCCAGCCUCAAUCGCUCUCAUGUCAUCCGAGGGGGGUUGGUAUAUAUGGUUACACGGCUUACUCAGCGAGUAAGUCUGGUCUUCGGGGUUUAGCAGAAGCAUUGCAACAAGAGGUCAUUGCGGAUAACAUUCAUGUGUCUCUGAUAUUCCCACCGGAUACUGACACCCCUGGUCUAGAGGAAGAACUCAAGAUGAGGCCAGAGAUCAGCAAUAUCAUAGCAAGUACCUCUGGGUUGAUGAAAGCUGACCAGGUUGCUAAAAAGACUUUAGAUGGCAUAAAAUCUGGUAGUUUUAGCAUCCCCUUCGACUUCAUCGGCCACUUAAUAUCUAUAGGAACUGCUGGUUUAUCUCCUCAAAGAUCAUUCCUGAUGGCAUUUGUUGAGGUGGUUUCAGCCGGUAUGACACGCCUUGCAGCUCUUUGCUUCCAGUGGAGUUGGUAUCGGAGUAUAGAAAAGAUGGCACGCACAAAGGAGUAUUUUGCAUAAAGGUACCUCGACAUGACAGCUUCAUCCCCCACCUUGUUGAUUUCUUAGUUUGUUUGUUUCUUUUUUCUUUUCUUUUUUUUAAUAAUGCCAAUUAAAGAAAUUUUGUGAUGCAUAAAACAAAGAUGAAGGAGAACUGCGUUGCCCCUUCGCUGUGGUAACAUAAAUGCACUUCUCUAAU